AGGGAGAUACACUGGAUUAUCUUGGCAUCCCAGGACUCCACUUGGCUGGAAGCCAAGGAGUGAUUGUCAUAGCCAUCUGUCAAGCCCUUCUGAUGGUUGGACCAGAAUAUGCAAGAUAUUGUGGGAUUGAGGCUCUGGAGCCUUUAGGAAUUUACUUGCCGGGUGACAUUAAUUAUCCUGGGGGUGCACUUUUUGAUCCCUUAAAUCUUUCCAAAGACCCUAAAGCUUUUGAGGAACUGAAGGUGAAAGAGAUUAAAAAUGGGCGCUUAGCUAUGAUUGCCUGGUUAGGCUUUUAUGCCCAGGCAGCUCUGACAGGUAAAGGCCCAGUUCAGAACCUUUUUGAGCACAUCUCGGAUCCGGUACACAAUAACCUGCUUUCCACUAUCAAAUCCCUGUAAUGUAUAUUUCAGAGCUCUUGUUAGUGACCACAUCCAAGCAUAUAAAAACUUUAAAUUAGCGAUAAUUGAUUUCUUUUCUUGAUAUGUAUAGAUAUGUUAUAUGAAGAAGUCUAUUUUUACUUAAUUUAUGCCUUCAUGUAAGAAACACAAAUACA